GGUCCAUCCCUACUACGGUGGUCCCGCUACCCUCUCCUCUGUGCCACCACUGCCGCGCGCUAUGUAAGAGCCCGUACAUGUUACCCCACGUUCCAGUCUCGCAGUGGCAUUCGCGGGUGUCGUUUCGGGCGCAUCGGUAACGCGGUACGGAUCGCUUGGCGGACAAGAAGGGGCGAUAAAACGCUCUUUCUCUCUCUACCUCUCGCGCACGGUGGACACGGAGAGAGAGAGAGAGAGAGAGAGAGAGAGACACCCACGUAAUCACGGACACUGCGCGCCAGGUACCGAGGGAAGGAGGGAGACACCCGGGGUGUGUGUAUUGUGUGAGUGUACGUUACGUGUACGCGUGCGCGCACACGACGAGUUCCCUUUUCAGUGCUUUGCGCGGAGCCGCCGCGACCUCGUCGUUGAAUUGCCACGCUCGCCGAAGGCCGAAGAGCGGUUAAUCGGGUGGAGUGAUAGGAGAAGAGGAGAAGAAGAGCAGUCCCGCGCGCGCCGUCGUUUCCGUACCCACACUCAGCAUCUCGCAUCAGCAUUUUUCCUCUUUCCUUCAUUUUACCUUUUUUCCGCCCCUUUUCCCUUUUUUUUACUUUUGUACGUACGACCCAGCUCAUCACGCCCCGUGACGCGAGUGUAAUUACUCGAGUUGGAAAUAAUCUCUACGACACAUCGUCGAUCGAUCUGUCCGCCCCUCGUCCCAACGCGAGUGUUUGAGAGAAUGUGAAAAAGAGGCAAGUUCCCGAGGAAUUUUCGCAGUGUGGAUAAAUCAUCGUGACAGGUGCGGCGAGGAAUUGCAAGGAACACCGUACGACGUCGACGUGCGGGAUUGCGAAGGGUGCGUGCGACGUGUAUCGAGAAACACAUCUCUGGACAUUUGCGAUUUGUGUGACUUGCAAGACAGUAGUUGACGCGCACUGAAAAAUCGCCGCCAGAGCCGCCGUCAGAGCAGCUCCGGCAGUUCCGUUAUCCAGGCAUACCAUCACCCGGAACAAUCUUCCGCUCGUGGCAAGACGGCCGAUCGUGCUAUCUCGGCGCGGCCGCUACGUGCGACGACAACAGCCCAAAGAUUUUUCCACCGAAGGCCAAGAUGCAUAUCGAGGUGCAGGUGGCGCUUAACUUCGUGAUAUCGUACCUCUAUAAUAAACUGCCGCGCAGACGGGUCAACAUCUUCGGCGAGGAACUCGAGAAGGCGCUCAAGGACAAGUUCAAGGGCCACUGGUAUCCGGAGAAGCCGUUCAAGGGCUCGGCCUUCAGGUGCCUCAAGACCGGCGAUCCGGUAGAUCCCGUAUUGGAGCGCGCCGCGAAGGAAAGCGGCGUGCCGAUUCAGGAUAUCCUGGAGAACCUGCCGGCCGAGCUCGCCGUCUGGGUCGAUCCCGGUGAGGUGAGCUACCGCAUCGGUGAGCUGAACGCCGUGAAGAUCCUUUAUUCAGAGACUGGCGACCCGCACGACGAGACCUCAGCCGACCGUGAGGUCACCAAGACUUUCAAUCCAGAGGCGCAGUGCUUCAGGCCGAUCGAGGCCGUGAGCACAUCCUUGAGCGGUUUGAGUCUCAGCCCGAAGUCCACCUCGCCCUUCUCGAGCUCCCUCGGCAGCAACACCAGCAACAGCUCGUCCAAUAAUCAACAGAACGGCCACGGAUCCGGUUCCUCGUCUGCGCCUUCGCCCACGCCCAUUACCAGCUCCUUCAAGGGCUCGCCUAGUCCCGUGCCGGCCUUUAUCCCGCGUACCACCGCUCCACUCACCUUCACUACCGCCACCUUCGCCCAGACCAAGUUUGGCAGCACUAAGCUCAAGACUAGCAGCAAACGCGCUAACAGGAUGUCGCCCACCGAGUUCUCGAACUAUAUAAAGCAGCGCGCAGCGAUGCAGCAGCAGAUUCACCACCACCACCAUCAUCAGCAGCAACAGCAGCACCAGCCGCAGCAGCAACCGCAGCAGCAGCAGCAGCAGCAGCAGCAGCAGCAGCAGCAGCAACAGCAGCAGCAGCAGCCGCAGCAACAGCAACAGGCGACUGGCGCAGGAUUGCCGGUCUCGCAAAGCUCGCCGCGUAGUCGUAGCCUAUCGCCCGGCAGCAUAGUCGCCGGUGCCGGACAGCAACACGCAGAUCCGAGCGCGUACUUCUUCCAGCACGGCCCGGCUGCGGCCGCGGCGGCGUACCACGCGCAGUUCCCCCACCGCAACAUCUUCGACUCGUCGGCGAGCCACGGCGGCUACCUGCCGGCUGAUCUCUACGCCGGUACCAAGUUUCCGUCAUCGUACCUCGACCCAACCACUCUGGCCGGCCAUCAAUUCUACGGCGGCGGCAUGAACGGCACCGGCGCCGGCACUGGCGGUGCCGUGAACGGUACUACUGGUGCCGGGGCCGGUACCCAAGGCGCCGGUAGCGCUGGUACCGGUAAUCUCGGUCCGAUUGGCUCCGCGACAACCAACGGCAACGUCAACGCCGGCGCGGCCGCCGCGGCGCAGCAACAGCAGGACAAGAACGCCCUAGUCGAGGGCCUCAACAAUUUCGGCCUCGGCUCGGUCGCGCCCUAUCCGGCCAGCCAGUAUCAGCAUCUGCUCGUGGCCAACUAAUACCUCGCGCGUGCACACCAAGUCGUCAGCAACACCGCCGCCGUGUCUCCCCGCGGUGGCGGUAAUAGCGUUCUCGUUUUCGAUGCCUCUGGUCCGGCGGCAAGCGGAAAGGAGAGAAGACCGUCGUCUCCGAGACUUUGUCGUCGAGACGUUGUCCAGAGCCCGGCUUCCGUAUCCUGAAGAUCAGCAUCUGUUAAUUAAAUUGGUUUCACUCUAUCUCUCUUCCCCCGAUCGGAGUCCACCGGUUAAGAUCGAUUCACCUGUUCUCUCCUACAAUCCCGAUCUAGACGCUUCUCGGAACACUUUUUUGUUCAAUCUUUCCUAAUCCAAGAAGCCCAAGACACUUUGUACAUACACUAUCGAUAACUUGCAACGAACGGGGGGAGAGAUAGAGAGAGGAUACAAAAAGAGAAAAAGGCGGCCGCCGAACAAUUGACAUCGAUGACGAUCGACGGAAGGGAUUAAGACGAGGAAAGAAGGCGCAAUAGAACGGAGAGAAAGGAAAAAAGGAAU